AACGGGUGAUUGUGAUCGCGUCACGUUUCUCAAGAGAUCCACACCCAUGUUUCACGGAGCAUAAGAGGAAAUCCGCAUUUCGGCGAAAAGCGAGCGAAAGGUAGACCAUGCUGAAAUGAUGUAAUUUUCUCCUUAACGGCUGAUAAUUGUCCAGUUCAAGAGUGGCCUGGUAGCAUCGUUAUCAUAAUGAAUCGAGAAAACGAGGAACAGCGACCGGUACCUCAGACGUUAUGCGGCGCGCUGCAAAAGGAACCGAAUUGCAAAUGCCUGGUGCUGACAGUCCUUAUAUACGGCUGCCUUGCGGCAGUAACAUGGUGCAGAUGUGCCAACGUUACCAAGAUUAUGGUCAACUACACCAAAUUCCCCAUUAGAAGUACGAGACACGUAUCAUCGCCCUGUGAUGACGGCUAUAUAUAUAUUCCGGUAGCAUUUAUGGGGAUGCUGUAUCUGGUUUAUCUGGUGGAGUGCUAUCACUCGCCAAUCAGGAUCGAUUUAUUACACGCGGAGAGCCAGGACAGCGUGUUGUCCAAAUUGGCACAGCUAAAGAUGGCACAGCCGCGAAUAUGGUGGAAGGCAGUUUCCUAUCACUACGUACGCAGGAAGCGACAAAUCACGCGUUAUAGGAAUGGAGAUAAUUAUACUACCACACAGGUCUAUUAUGAAAGGGUGAACACACACUCGGCUACCACUCACUACUAUUACGACUAUUGCGGGGUGAAAGACAUCAGUAAAGAAUUGAUACUCGAGGCCAAGAUACCAAUUACGAAGAUCACACUUACCAAGGGUUUUGCAUUUUCGAACAUAAGGUCCGCUACGGAAUUUGAGGAGGCACGAUCACGAUUUUUCGCCGAACAAGAACUUAGUGACGAUUAUAUGGAGAUGAGAGAAGGUCUUGAUCUCGGGUACAAUGUUAACACGAUGCUGGUUGCUGUUCUCGGUAAUCCAUGGUUUACAAAUCACUAUAUUUAUUGGAGUCUGAGCGCUCUGUUGCUUAGCUGGCCGUUACGAGUAAUCAUCGAAUACAAAACACAAUACGUCGAUUACCAGGUUACCAAACUGUUUGGUGUAAAUUAUGAUACACCGACCUCUGGCGAACCCAUUCAUGCAUCCAUAAGCCAGCUAAGCCAGCCGGGUUCGUAUAUGCUUGCACCCAGUUACAGCGAGGCGUUAUUGAUGGAACCAGCAACACCUCGCAAUGAACCCGAACAAAGACGAGAAAAUUGGGAAAGCCGAGAAGAGAUGAAUGUUGCAACUGACAUAGUACCCAGCUACUCUGAGGCACUUCUUUACGAACGUGCCGAACAGUACGAUGAUCAAAAUGCAGUCAUGAAUAAUGCCCCUGCUACAUGCACGAGUAACACGACGACGUGCAAGAUGGAUGAUCCGAUGCGAAUACUUCCGCUGAUGCCAUGCGAAUGCCAUUGUCCUUGUCCGUGUCAUGGGAAUGCGAACGAAUAUGAGAUGAGGAUGGACGAGCGCAGCUACGGACUCGAGAUCGCGACCAGCAGAGAGCACUUACCAACGAGUACCGAGAUUGGCGAUACUUUCGAAAAUGAACUAGCGACGCUGCGGACGACGGCCGACGGUCGAUUGCAUCCCCCUGCAAACCCAGUAGCUUCUAUGGAUAAUCUUCAAAUCGAAGCAUCUCCGAGCAGAUGCAGCAGUUGCGGCAGAAUUUCCACCAGCACGCAAACAAUCAAUGCUGACACUCUUCCUCGCAUUGUCUCUAGGAAAAAGUCUAAUGAAAGCUCUCAGACUACAUCAGCAGAUUUCAUUUCCAACAUGACAUCCGAAAAAGAGUGUCGAACUAUACUCCGCGACAUCUCUGAACCUAACUUGAGAUUGCGAUCGGAACUGAAUACAUUCCCGAAGGAAAAUGUCAGGAGCCUAAAGAACAUACUGGAAAAUGAAGAAGAUCUAUCAGGAGCUAGCAAAACUGGCCUUGUCAAUGUAGAGAUGAGUUUUCGGCAUGAAAGGCAAUAUCCUGAACGUCAGAGGAGAUUUCCAGUUUCGCCCUCUCUGACUCAUCACCGUUCUCUCUCCCUCGACGAGACAACUGUUUCCCCGAAAAAUAUGGGCACUAUUCCAAAAACCGAGCCGCGUAGCAGGAUUAUGGUAAAUCCUAUAUUAAAUGAAGCUUGCUGGAAAUUACCCAACUCGAAGACGUACUAUUGCUUAAAGUCGAUUUUGAAGCAAAACAGGCGCAGAUAUACACUAGUGACCGCGGAUGAAUUCCAAAAUCUCACUGAACAGGAUCUUGGAUAUCUCAACAGUUCCGGCAGAGGUCAGAAAAGUAAUAAUGAUGUUCAAAUUAAUAAAUUAACCGAUUCACGCUCGAGAGAAAAAUUAAAUCUCAGAAGGAGAAUGCCAUCCUUCGAGGAAUUUAGGUCGGAAAGGGACAAAAUGUAUAACAAUGAUCAAAAACGGGAAAGCACUAGAACGCUCAUUUUUGCCAGUCCGAUACAAGAAGUCUUCCCUGGCGAUCCUUUCGGCGGCAAAGAUAUAGUACCAGUAAGAAAUUUGAGGGAAUGUAGCGCCAGAGAAGAUGAUCCCGCCAACGAUUCGGCAAUGCUUACUCGCCCUCUGUCAAGUCGAUCUCCAGCUGUUCGAGAUGCAAGAUGCCUUCCGACCGAUUAUCCAACUAGGAAUCCAUUGCGGCCCGAAAGUAUCACGUAUCCAUUACCACAUGUAAUGCAUUCUUCGUGGAAUAACUGGCAUGAAAGAAAACUCCAGUAUCUUUUACACAAUAGAUAUCCACUCGAAGCAAUGGGCACUUCCACUAGAGCAGAAGAGACGUCGCGAGGGUAUCGAAACGACGUUUCAUUUCGUUCUUAUAACGGGUUGCACUCUGAACGAACGAAUAGAUGGUCGACAAGCUCGAAUGAAUAUGAUGAUAGAUCUCGCGAAGGUCAUUCAAAGUACUUAUCCAACAGAAGACGCCAGGUAGCUGGUUUAACCAGAUCACUCACUGAGAGGCGGCCGAAAGUCGCUCGUCUCAAUAGGAACUUUCGAAGAAGCUUCACAGGUAGAAUGGAAGAUUAUAGAAUGGAGAACGCCAAACGAACAAAUUUUAGCAUCGAAACAUCACUGUAACAAGCACAUUGAAUCUCAGGGUGCCAAUUACAUUGGUCUCGGUUAUAUGUGACCGAAGUUAAUUCCUCUGCUGUAGAAUAUAUUUCACUAAAUUAUCAAGGAGAAAGC